GCAGACGACCUUUGCCCCGAGACGCAAAGAGGUCAUCACUGAAAACCUACCUGUUUGUGAGAUCCUGGAACGCUGGCCUGCCUUUAAAAUGGAGUCACAGAUCUGUUCUGAGUUUCACAAAAUUACAAAUGUCAACCUGAAGAACCACUUCUAUGCCGUGUUGGACCAGCAUGCUCCCCGUCUUCAGAGCUUGUUCAGAAAGAAAGCUGCUCGCACAGGAAAAGUGUCUGAAGUGUCAGCUCUUCGGGAUAUAUGACCUCCAGGAAAAAGUUGACGUCCAUGUACGACGAGCUGCCAUCCUCCGUGCUCUCCCUGCCUAUCUGCAAGAGGAUGACUCCAACUUUUUCAAGACAUGGGAUGUAGAGCAAUCUGAUGAACCUGACAUUGAUGAUGUACCACUUGGUCUCCUCUCCAUUAGUGGCAAUUCAACAGAUGCCACAUUCUUCUGCCCAGAGAAGAUUGCAGUUGUACUUAAGGGUAACAUGGUUACCGAUUUCCCCACAUUGGCUGAUGCAUUUGUCAUGCUUUUUGGACUAACUUAUGCCUUGGAUCUAAGUUACCCAAAAGAGUUUGCCAACACAUUUGACUUUACCCAGAAAGUCUUGAUGGGUCUGGAGGAUGGAAAGCUGAGGCCCAGAGCUUUUGGCAGUGGAGUUACCACAGUGUUUGAACAAAGCUUACAAAGGUACUCCUUCAUUGUUUAUUUGGAGAGAAAUGCUGAGAGCAUCUCCAGGAUGAGUGGGAGGGUUUCCAGGAAUGAGAUGGAUCAUAGUCAAGAGGUGAAUCCAGGUAUUUGA